AUGGGCACAGAGGCCCCAGUGAGCUCCACCAGGGCCCAGUGCAGAGUGCUGCAGCUGGGCACAGAGAGCAAAGGGCAGGAGCUGAGGCCGGGAGGCUCUGUGCCAGCCGCCGCCAGCCUGCGCCUGGUGGGCACCGGGGGGCGCUGCGCAGGGCGCCUGGAGCUGGCGGUGGGGGGGCAGUGGGGCACAGUCUGCGACGACCUCUGGGGGCUGCCGGACGCGGAGGUGGUCUGCAGGCAGCUGCGCUGCGGCCCCGCCCUGGCCGCCCCCCCGGGGGCCUUCUUCGGCGAGGGCAGAGGCCGCAUCUGGCUGGACGAUGUCCGCUGCCAGGGCAACGAAUCCUCCCUGCUGCAGUGCCCUGCGGCGCCGCUGGGCACCGCCAACUGCCAGCACCGCGAGGACGCCGCCGUGGUCUGCGCAGGUACCCGCGGCGCGGCAGAGCUCCGCCUGGCCGACGGUCCGGGGCGCUGCGCCGGCAGGGUGGAGGUGCUGCACGACCAGCGGUGGGGAACCAUCUGCGACGAUGAUUGGAGCUUCCCCGAGGCCGCCGUGGUCUGCAGGCAGCUGGGCUGUGGCGCUGCUCUCUCGGCCCACGGAGGGGCUCACUUUGGCCCGGGCUCAGGCCCCAUCUGGCUGGACAACGUCGAGUGCAGCGGGAGCGAAGCUGCCCUGUCCCAGUGCCCGGCCAGGCCCUGGGGGGACAACAACUGCGGGCACGGAGAAGAUGCCAGCGUGGUGUGCACAGGUAAGCUGUGUCCCUCCUCUGACUACUCCUUGCAGUAUCCCUGCCAGGACUCCCCCUUGCAGUACCCUUCCAGGACUCCCCCUUGCAAGGGCACUCCUGCGGGCACCGCUGCCAGCGCCCCUGGGCUGCAGCUGCGGCUGGAGGGGGGCCGUGGGCGCUGCGCUGGGCGCUUGGAGGUGCUGCGGUACCAGCAGUGGGGCACAGUCUGCGACCCGGGCUGGAGCCUGGCAGAGGCGGCGGUGGUCUGCAGGCAGCUGGGCUGUGGCACCGCCCUGGCAGCCUCGGGCACGGCUGCCCACGGGCAGGGCUCAGGUCGCAUCUGGUUGGACGACGUCAACUGCACAGGGACGGAGCAGAGCCUGGCACAGUGCCAGAGCAGGACCUGGAGAGCCUCCAGCUGCGGGCACCGGGAGGAUGUUUGGGUGGAGUGCUCAGCCACGGGCGCCUCCGGGCACCACUCCUUGCGCCUUGCUAACGGCUCCAACAGCUGCGUGGGCAGGGUCGAGGUCCUCCACGCCCAGCAGUGGGGCACAGUCUGCGACGACAACUGGGACCUGCAGGAUGCCAGCGUCGUGUGCCGGCAGCUGGGCUGUGGCACCGCCCUGGCAGCGCCAGGCUCGGCUCGCUUCGGGCACGGCCCCGACCCCGUCUGGCUCGACGACGUUCACUGCCUUGGCACCGAGAGUGCCCUCAGCCAGUGCCAGCUGCGGGAGUGGGGGGAGCACAACUGCGGCCACGAGGAGGAUGCUGGAGCCAUCUGCUCGGGCGCCGCUGCCCAGAGCCCCUCGGGGUCCCUGCGCCUGGUGGGGGGUCCGGAUCGCUGCGCAGGGCGCCUGGAAGUGCUCCACAAUGGCUCCUGGGGCACAGUCUGUGACGACAGCUGGGGCCCGGCCGAGGGCAGGGUGGUCUGCAGGCAGCUGGGCUGUGGUGCUCUGCUCUCGGUGGCCCCCGGGGGGCGCUAUGGAGAAGGGACAGGGCAGAUCUGGCUGGAUGAAGUCAACUGCACAGGCAAGGAGGAGAAGCUCUCCGAGUGCCACAGCAGGCCCUGGGGGGAGCACAACUGCCAGCACCUGGAGGAUGCCAGCGUGGAGUGCUCAGACUCCAGCAUCUCCAAGCUGGGCAACCUGAGGCUGCUGGGUGGCCCCGACCGCUGCGCCGGGCGGGUGGAGGUGCUGCACGAGCACAUGUGGGGCACUGUCUGCGACGAUGCCUGGGACCUGGAGGAUGCAGCAGUGGUCUGCAGGCAGCUGGGCUGUGGCACAGCACUCUGGGCCCUCAGUGGGGCCUACUUUGGCAGAGGCCACGACCCCAUCUGGCUGGACGAGGUGGAGUGCACUGGGGCUGAGGAGAGCCUCUUCAGCUGCACUGCCAGGGCCUGGGGGCACAACAACUGCGUGCAUGGGGAGGAUGCAGGAGUGGUCUGCUCAGCCUCAGGAGUCUCUCUGAUCCCCGAGCUCCGCCUGGCCAACGGCUCCAGGCGGUGCCAGGGCAGGGUGGAGGUGACCCAGCAGGGCACUUGGGCACCACUCUGCGACCACGGCUGGGGCCUGGCAGAGGCUCGAGUGGUCUGCAGGCAGCUGGGCUGUGGGAGGGCACUGGAGGCCCCUGGCAAGGCUCAGUUUGGCUCUGGAGCUGCCAAGAUGUGGCCUGAGAGCUUCAGCUGUGUUGGCACCGAGGGCACCAUCGGCGAGUGCAAGAGGAAGGCCUUGGCAGAGGGCACCUGCCCAGGGGGCAGAGGAGCUGCUGUGGUGUGUGCAGCGCCCCCCGAGGGGGCUCCGGUGCGCCUGGUGGGCAGUGGCAGGCCCUGCGCGGGCAGGGUGGAGAUCCUGCACGGGCGGGAGUGGGGCACAGUCUGCGACAGCUCCUGGGACCUGCGGGACGCUGCUGCCCUCUGCCGGCAGCUGGACUGUGGCUGGGCGCUGGCGGCCCCGCGGCGGGCACCGUUUGGGCAAGGCUCUGGCAUCAUCUGGCUGGAUCAGGUCGACUGCAAGGGCACGGAGCAGGUCCUGUCCUCGUGCCCAGCCCGGCCCUGGGGCAUCACCAACUGCAGCCAUGCCCAGGAUGCUGGAGUGGUCUGCUCAGGUGUCCCGGAGCCGGCGCAGCUCCGCCUGGCCAACGGCUCCCAGCGCUGCGCGGGCAGGGUGGAGGUGCUGCACCGGCAGCGCUGGGGAGCAGUCUGCGCCCGCGGCUGGGACGCGCAGGAUGCGGAGGUGGUCUGCAGGCAGCUGGGCUGCGGCAGGGCCCUGCCCCUGCCAGAGGCAGUAGAUUUCGGCCCGGGGCCCUCCCUGGUCUGGUUGGACAAUGUCAGCUGCCAGGGCACCGAGAGCGCCCUCCAGAGGUGCUGGGCCAGCCCCUGGGAGGAGACCAACUGCAGCCAGGGGCAGGUUGCCAGCGUGGUUUGCUCAGGCUCCGACGCCUCCCUGCUGGCCCCUGUGCGCCUGGCGGCCGGGCCGGGGCCCUGCGCGGGCAGGGUGGAGCUGCUCCACGGCGCCGCCUGGCGGACAGUUUGCGACGCGCACUGGGACAUGCUGGCGGCGCAGGUGCUCUGCAGGCAGCUGGGCUGCGGCGCGGCCGUGGCGGCCCCGGGCCAGGCGCACUACGGGCAGGGGCAGGGACCUGUCUGGCCGCAGCGAGUGCAGUGCAACGGCAGCGAGGCAGCGCUGAGCCAGUGCGGAGCCGGACCCCGGGAGGAGCACAACUGCAGCCACAGGCAGGAUGUCAGCGUGGUCUGUGCAGGCUCAGGCAUCGCUGACCUGGGGAGCCUGCGGGCGGUGAACGGCUCCGGAGGAUGCUCAGGCAGGCUCCAGGUGCUCCACGAGGGGCGCUGGGGAGGGAUCUGCGCCGAUGGCUGGGGCCAGGAGGAGGCUCAGGUGGCCUGCAGGCAGCUGGGCUGCGGAGAGCCAGAGGGGCCCAAGGCAGCGGCUGCAGCGCUGGGGGCAGCAGCAGAGCCACUCUGGGUGGAGGCAGUGGAGUGCAGCGGCUCGGAGGGAGCUCUCUUCGAGUGCAGGGUGAAGCUCUGGGGGGCUGCGAGCUGCAAGUCCAAGGAGCAGGCAGCUGUGAGCUGUGCUGAGCUCUCAGGGCCGGAGCUGGGCAGCCCCAGGGCGCUGCGGCUGGCACAGGGUCCGCACCGCUGCGCGGGCAGGGUCGAGGUCCUGCACAGGCAGCAGUGGGGCACAGUCUGCGGCCGCGGCUGGAGCCUGCGGGAGGCUGCGGUGCUCUGCAGGCAGCUGAGCUGCGGCGCUGCCGCCUCGGCCCCAGGCUCGGCUGCCUUCGGGCCGGGAGCUGGCCCAGUCUGGCUGGCAGGGCUCAGCUGCCUGGGCACGGAGGCGACCCUGGCCGAGUGCCAGGCGAAGCCCAGGGGGCAACACCCAUGCGAGCACCUGGAGGAUGCCAGCGUGGUCUGCACAGGCUCAGGCCCUGCCGGAAGGUCUCAGCUUCGCCUCCAGGGGGGCCUGGAUGAGUGCUCAGGGAGGGUGGAGAUCUUCUACAGCAACCAGUGGGGAACCAUCUGCGACGACAGCUGGGACCUGAACGCCGCCGCCGUGGUCUGCAGGCAGCUGGGCUGUGGCUUGGCCCUCUCGGCCCCCCUGGCAGCGAGGUUUGGCAUGGGGGAGGGCCCCAUCUGGCUGGAUGACGUCAGCUGCACGGGGGAGGAGAGCGACCUCCUGGCCUGCAGGGCCAAGACGUGGAGCAUCCACAACUGCAACCACGCCGAGGAUGCUGGAGUGGUGUGCGCAGGCAACUCCAGCUCUGCCACCCUGCGCCUGGCGGGGGGGCCCCACGAGUGCGCCGGCAGGGUGGAGGUGGCCCACGAGGGGCAGUGGGGCACAGUCUGUGACGACAGCUGGGACCUGGCCGAUGCCAGGGUGGUCUGCAGGCAGCUGGGCUGUGGCGGGGCCGAGGCUGCCCCCGGCCAGGCUCGCUUCGGGCAGGGCUCAGGGCACAUCUGGCUGGACGAUGUGGGCUGCACGGGGGCAGAGCAGCACCUGGGGCAGUGCCCGGCCCGGCCCUGGGGGCACAGCAACUGCCAGCACCGGGAGGAUGCCAGCGUGAUCUGCUCAGGUGGCUCCGGCGUGCGGCUGGCGCAGGGUCCGCACCGCUGCGCGGGCAGGGUGGAGGUCCUGCGCGGGCAGCAGUGGGGCUCAGUCUGCGACGACCGCUGGGACCUGCGCGACGCCGCCGUGGUCUGCAGGCAGCUGCGCUGCGGAGCCGCCCUGGCCGCCCCGGGGGGCGCUGCCUUCGGGCCGGGCACGGACCCCAUCUGGCUGGACAGAGUCUCCUGCACCGGCGCCGAGAGUGCCCUGCAGGAGUGCCCAGCCCUGCCCUGGGGGCAGCACCACUGCAGCCACCAGGAGGACGCCAGUGUGGUCUGCUCGGGUGAGCCUCGCCCGGGGGCACGGCGGUGCCAGAGCUGCGCCUGGCGGGGGGGGCCCCACGAGUGCGCCGGCAGGGUGGAGGUGGCCCACGAGGGGCAGUGGGGCACAGUCUGUGACGACAGCUGGGACCUGGCCGAUGCCAGGGUGGUCUGCAGGCAGCUGGGCUGCGGCGGGGCCGAGGCUGCCCCCGGCCAGGCUCGCUUCGGGCAGGGCUCAGGGCACAUCUGGCUGGACGAUGUGGGCUGCACGGGGGCAGAGCAGCACCUGGGGCAGUGCCCGGCCCGGCCCUGGGGGCACAGCAACUGCCAGCACCGGGAGGAUGCCAGCGUGAUCUGCUCAGGUGGGUCCUGCCCUGGCACCGUGCAGCUGCGCCUGGCAGAGGGCCCCAGCCGCUGCGCGGGCAGGGUGGAGGUGCUGCACGGGCACCAGUGGGGCACAGUCUGCGACGACAGCUGGGACCUGAAGGAUGCCAAGGUGGUGUGCAGGCAGCUGGGCUGUGGCACGGCCGUGGCCACCCCGGGCCGGGCACACUUCGGGCAGGGCUCAGACCCCAUCUGGCUGGACGAGGUCGAGUGCAGUGGCCUGGAGCUGAGCCUUGCCCACUGCGGGCACAGGGGCUGGGGGCAGCACAACUGCCAGCAUGAGGAGGAUGCUGCAGUGAUCUGCUCAGGCACCGAGCCCUGGGAGCUGCGGCUGCAGGGCGGCUCCGGCGCCUGCCAGGGGCUGCUGCAGGUCCUCCACGGCGGCAGCUGGCACAGGGUCUGCAGCAUCGGCUGGAGCCUGCUGGAGGCGGAGGUGGUCUGCAGGCAGCUGGGCUGUGGCCCUGCCCUCUCUGCCCCUGCCGCUGCCCCCGCGGGCGGGCACAGCCUGCUGAAGGGGCUCAGCUGCCUUGGCACCGAGUCGCUGCUCCUGGAGUGCCAGCAGAAGGGGGCAGGGCUGGCACCCUGCAGCCAGGGCCACGCCGCGGGGGUGGUCUGCACCCGGCCCAGGGGCGCUGCUGCCCCCUGCUGGCUGCUGUCGGCGCUGCUGGCGCUGCUGAUGCUGCUGAGUGGCCUCCUGCUGUGGCUCACCCUGAGGAGGAGCUGCCUGGCAGCAGCCCCAGCCGCAGGGCAUCGGCAGGGCAGGGACCAGGCUGCUGCUGCCAGCUCCCUGCAGCCCCUGGGGGCCAUCUACAGCCCCAGCAGGGGAGAGGCUCCUGAGGACAGUGACAGCGAAGGGACUCAGCUCAUGGGGGAGGAGGUAGGCUCCGUCCUUGAAGAACUUGUGGCAGAAGCUGCACUGGUGAGGCCGCUCCUGGCUGUGCACGCGGCGGUGCUGCAGCAGCAGCGAGGGCCGGGCGAAGGCCUUGCCGCAGGCCUCGCAGCCGUAGGGCCUCUCGCCCGUGUGCGCCCGCUCGUGGAUCGCCAGGUGAACCUCUUGCCGCAGACGCCGCAGGCGUGGGGCUUGUCCUGGCAGUGCUGGCGCCGGUGCAGCAGCAGGGCGCCGGCGGCGGCGAAGUCCUUGCCGCAGUCGGGGCACUUGAAGGGGCGCUCGGCGCAGUGGGUCAGGCCGUGGCGCUGCAGCUCGUUGGAGGAGCGCUUGAAGCGCUUCCCGCACAGCUCGCAGCGGAAGGGCCUCUCCUCCGUGUGCACCAGGCCGUGGCUCUUGAAGUCCGAGUGGCGCUUGAAGGAGGCCUGGCACAGCUGGCAGCGGAAGGGGCGCUCCUCGUUGUGCACCACCUCGUGGCUGAACAGCUCCCAGGCCCUCUUGAAGGCCUUCUCGCAGCUGGGGCACUGGAAGGGUUUCUCGUCCACGAUCACCUCGCGGAUCUCCAGCUCACCCACGCCGCCGCCGCAGUGGCCAGGGGGUCCCCUGCCCGGCCCCGGAUCAGCCUCAGCUGCUUCCCACGGGAAGGUCCUGGCUCCUCAAGGCUCUCCCCAGCCCCUGGAGACACAGGAGCCCAGCUGGCCGUGGGCUUCAGGCACAUCCGCUGCCUCCUCCGGCAUGGACCAGGCUCCUCCUGUGCCUGGGGGCAUGGAGAAGUCUCCUCACCCUCCUCACCCUUCUGGCAGGCCCUGCCUGCACCUCGAGUGGGCAGAGACCCCUGCCUGCGGCAGCACCGGCCCCAGCGUCGCCGAGGAGCUCGGCCAAGGCCGCUCCGCUCCCCCCGGGCCGUGUCCGGUACCCCCCAGGCCGCUCCGCUCCCCCCGGGCCGUGUCCGGUACCCCCCAGGCCGCUCCGCUCCCCCCGGGCCGUGUCCGGUACCCCCCAGGCCGCUCCGCUCCCCCCCGGGCCGUGUCCGGUACCCCCCAGGCCGCUCCGCUCCCCCCGGGCCGUGUCCGGUACCCCCCAGGCCGCUCCGCUCCCCCCGGGCCGUGUCCGGUACCCCCCAGGCCGCUCCGCUCCCCCCGGGCCGUGUCCGGUACCCCCCAGGCCGCUCCGCUCCCCCCGGGCCGUGUCCGGUACCCCCCAGGCCGCUCCGCUCCCCCCGGGCCGUGUCCGGUACCCCCCAGGCCGCUCCGCUCCCCCCGGGCCGUGUCCGGUACCCCCCAGGCCGCUCCGCUCCCCCCGGGCCGGUUCCGCUGCCGCUGCUCAAACUCCUCCCCCUGGAGCCACUUCCGGGCGCGCGCUCUGCGCCGUGACGUCACCGACGGGAGGAGGGAGGAAGCGGAACCAAUCCCUUGGGAGCUGCUGCCUGCUGCCUGCUGCUGCCUGCUGCUGCCUGCUGCUGCCUGCUGCCUGCCCUGCUCUCUGCCCAGGACCUUUGCUGCCAGCAUGAGAUUGGUCCUGCUGGGCUGUCUCUGGGCCUCCCUCGUGGCAGUGCUGCUGGCAGCGGACGAGGACGGAGCUCCCCUGCAGGUGCGCCUGGCGGGCGGCGCCGGAGCCUGCGCUGGCAGGGUGGAGGUGCUGCACGAGGGCACCUGGGGCACCGUCUGCCACCAGCACUGGGACCUGCGGGAGGCCAGGGUGGUCUGCAGGCAGCUGGGCUGUGGCCCUGCCCUGGCAGCCCCGCGGGAGGCCAAGCACGGCGAAGGGAAGGGCAGGAUCUGGCUGAGCGACCUCCGCUGCAAGGGCACCGAAGCCUCCCUGGGUGAGUGCCAGGCCCGGCCCUGGGGGGACAACCUCUGCAACCACGCCGAGGAUGCCAGCGUGGAGUGCUCAGGAGCAGAGAGCCCUGAGCCAGGACCCAUCCGGCUGGUGGGAGGCCCAAACCGCUGCGCCGGGCGGGUGGAGGUGCUCCACGAGGAGCAGUGGGGCACAGUCUGCCACGAUGAGUGGGACCUCAGCGAUGCCCAAGUGGUGUGCAGGCAGCUGGGCUGUGGGGAUGCUCUGCUGGCCCCCAGAGCCGCCAAGUUUGGCCCAGGCUUUGAUGCCAUCUGGUUGGACGAUGUCAACUGCACCGGGACCGAAGCUGCCCUCUGGGACUGCCAGGCCAGGCCCUGGGGGCACCACAACUGCUACCACGGGGAAGAUGCCAGUGCUGUGUGCUCAGAGUCAGGCAUCGCAGUCUCCUCCUCCGUCCGCCUGGUGGACGGCCCCAGGCACUGCGCCGGCAGGGUGGAGGUGCUGCACGAGGGCGCCUGGGGCACCGUCUGCGACGAUCACUGGGACCUGCGGGAGGCCAGGGUGGUCUGCAGGCAGCUGGGCUGUGGCCCUGCCCUGGCAGCCCCGCGGGAGGCCAGGUACAAGGAGGGCAAGGGCAGGAUCUGGCUGAGCGACCUCAACUGCACAGGGGACGAAGCCUCCCUGGGCGAGUGCCAGGCCCAGCCCUGGGGGGACAACCUCUGCAACCACGCCGAGGAUGCCAGCGUGGAGUGCUCAGAGGCGGAGCUGCCCGAGCAGGGCCCCGUGCGGCUGGCAGCUGGCCCCAACCGCUGCGCAGGGCGGGUGGAGGUCCUGCACCAGCAGCGGUGGGGCAGUGUCUGCGACGACCUCUGGGACAUGCAGGACGCCAGAGUGGUCUGCAGGCAGCUGGGCUGUGGGGCGCCGCUGUCGGCGCUGGGCAAUGCCCGCUACGGGCGCGGCCCUGACCUCAUCUGGUUGGACGAUGUCGAGUGCCAGGGCACGGAGCAGAGCCUCACCGAGUGCCAGGCCAGGCCCUGGGGGGAGCACAACUGCUACCACGGGGAGGACGCUGACGUUGUCUGUGCAGGUGGGCAGCUGCCAGAGCCUGGCCCAGUGAGGCUGGCGAACAGCGGUGAACGCUGUGCUGGGAGAGUGGAGGUGAAACACGAGGGACAGUGGGGGACUGUGUGUGGUUUCUCCUGGGACUUCCGGGAUGCUGCAGUGGUCUGCAGGCAGCUGGGCUGUGGAUCUGUUCUUGAAGCUCAUUUCAUUGCACACUUUGGGCCAGGAUCUGGCCCCAUUUGGAUGUCUCAUGUUGACUGCGCUGGCACCGAGUCUGCCCUGUCUGACUGCAGGCACAGAGGAUGGGGGCAGAACGAGUGCCUUCACUUCUGGGAUGUUGGAGCAAGGUGUUCAGUGACGAGGAUGUAUGAUCCUCGCAGUGCCCUCUGGUCCUGUUGA